AUGGACUCGACAUCUCCCAAUACCGAUAAUGUGCAGCAGCAGCAACAACCUCAACGAGUGUACCCCAAACGCCUUUACUCGGAGGGUGAACGCAAUCGCCAAAGGCCGACAUCAUUACCAGUACCACAACCAAUAGGAUCCACGAUUCCCGUACCUCCAGAACGGAAACGUCGAGCACCGAAUGCUAAAGGUUCAAUACAGGUCCAACAUGCAGCUGAACAAAAUCCGGAUUGGAUUCCGCCAAACUUUGAUAAGCGGUCGCUGGCUCCCAACUGGAAGAAUGGGACCUUGGUGAAGUCUUCAAGAUCAGCUAGCAGUAAUAAUUUGUAUCUGGACAUUGCAACUGCAAACGUCAAUGGGCAGUCUCUGUACAACAGCAGCAGUACAAGCCCAUUAUCACCACGACCACCAGGCAGUGCUGGAUCGCCACGAUCACCUUUACGUGGUCCUAGGUCUCCGAUAACACCUUUGAAGGAUGAUAUAUCUCCUAGAGUCACGUCGCUUCAACAAUCGCCACUGAUUGCACCUGUAAAUGUAAACAACGGUGCUGCAAUAACCACCGCACAGUCAGCUGUAAUGCGAUCUGUAAACAGUGCUCCUGUCAUGUCUUCACGGGCACCGGUGAUUCCACCACCACGCGUAAACAGGCUUUCUACAGGAAUGCCGUCUCCACGGUCAACUUCUAUUUCAGCUUCUAUAAACAGUCAUGCUAUUGCUAUACCAUCUGCCUCGAGAGUACCUUUAGUGGAAUCUGUAAACAGCCCCGUUAUUACGUCUUCACGGGCAUCUGUGAUUCCGGCACCUCUAAAUACUUAUGCCGUAGCCAUUCCGCCACCACAAUCACCUGGUAAUGCAACAUAUUUAGAUGUUCCGUUUAUAACAACCACCAGCCCAACAACUAUCGCAUCAAGCUCUCGCUCAACCAACAGACUAUCCAUUCCGCAAUCACCAGCACCUUCAGCAUCGCCAUCAUUAUCACCAUCAUCACUACAUAUACCAUCGCCAAUAUCACCAAAGUCACCCACGUCAGAUGCAACUUCUCCGACAACGACCACGUCUCCAACAUCUCCAUUAAACAAACCACUACCGCAAUCACCAGCAUCACCGAAAUCAUUUGCAUCGUAUGAUCGCGUACCCACUGCAUCGCUCAAGUAUUGGAUGGCGGAUGCCAUAGCUGCUGAACAAGGAACCAUAAGGAGUGUUUGUUCGAAACCGAGUGACGAGUCGCUGUAUAUGAAUCUGCCCACCCAUCGAUUCUCGCAGCAAAUAGUCAAUAUGCAGGGAAUGAAGGUUCCUGUGGGACAGCAAAGUGUCCUGCCGAGUAAAGUAGAAGUGGCAAGAGAUGAAGGAUUUGAUUUGCAAUCGCCGGUUACGGUAACGCCACGAAAGAGUCCGUGGCGUAAAUCUACUGGUGGUGUUGAGUUGAGUUGGAGGGAUCUCAAUUAUCAAGUUCAAGUCGCUAGUGGCGGUAAACAUAUUUUGCACAAUCUGAAUGGGACAGCGAAGCCUGGUGAAUUGUUGGCUAUCUUGGGUGGUUCUGGUGCUGGAAAGUCAACACUGAUGGACGUAUUAAGUGGUAGAGCAAAAGGUGGUCAAGUAGCCGGAGACAUUCGGUUCAACAAUUAUAGAAGUGAUGCUACAUGGUGCAAGUCUAUUGGAUAUGUACAACAGGAAGAUAUCUUUUGGGAAGCUCUGACUGUUCGAGAAACAUUGAACUAUGGCGCUCUCCUCAAACUGAGUGAAAGCACAACAGCAGAGGAUCGGGCAGCCCGAGUACAAAAAGUUGCUCAGCAAAUGCGACUGCUUGACUGCCUAGAUUCCAGGAUUGGUGAUUCGCUAGCUCGUGGUAUAUCUGGUGGUGAGGCAAAAAGGUUGAAUAUUGCUAUGGAGCUUUUGUCAGAACCUGAGAUUAUGAUGCUGGAUGAACCUACUUCUGGACUAGAUGCAUUCAGUGCCUUCAACGUCAUCAACCUGCUACGAAGUGCUGCUGUGGAAGGGCAACGAACAGUCAUGGUUUCUAUUCAUCAGCCUAGAAAAGAAAUCUUGGACUUGUUUGAUAAGGUGUUGAUUAUGGCUCGUGGUCAAGUCUUGUUUUUCGGAACUGUAGCAGCCGCCGCAAGACAUUUCUCCAAGAUGGGACAUCCAGUGCCUGUGUUGACAAACCCUGCUGAUCAUUUCCUGGACAUGGCGACAUUCGACACAUCAUCACACCGUAACCUCGAAAUAUCAGCCACACGAAUCAACCAUCUGGCACUUGUUUGGAAGAGACGAUUCGAUCAACGAGUCUUCCCACCAUACGUGACUCCACCGGAAACUCGUUUGAAGACAGAAAAGAGGUCGAUAUGGGCCUUCCCGGUUGUUAACUGGUUGUGGAGAGUGUCCCUACUCAUGUUCCGUCAGUGGAAGAUAUAUUUGAGAGACAGGCCGCUUAUUAUGAUGGGUUUGAUAUCUAAUUCGAUAUUUAUCAUGUAUGUGUCGGCAUUGGUCGUAUUUUUGGGUGCUGACUUUUGGGGAGCUUUUCUCUUUGGCAUCCUAUGGUCAGAUAUGCCAUUAAAUCAAAGUGGAUCUAAAUCCCGUCUUGGAUUCUUCUUCAUGUUUGGAUUGAACAGAUUCUUUACAGCCAUUUUUGGUAUUGUGUUGAAGAUGCCCCUGAGGCUGAAUUUGUAUAUGAGGGAACGGCAAGCUGGGAUGUAUGAUGGUAGUAUGGCGUUUUGGGCCUUGUACUUCGCCACAUGGGUUCAAUACCUUUGGCUCACUACGCCAACAUUGACUGCAGUUUACUUCCUUGUUGGCUUACAGAGAAAUCUGGCAUCAUUUUUCAUAUAUUUCCUUGCUGGAAAUCUAGUAUAUUUGAGCGGUCAUACCUAUGGGUGUUUGUUCGGGUCAUUGACUGGGUCCGUCAGUGGAUCACUGACGUGGUCGUUGGUUCUUAUUGGAAUUUUUGCUGGAUUCGCUGGUUAUGUCACCGUACCUACAAGUAUACCGAAACCGUUACUGAUCGUAUCAUGGCUUGAUCCUCUAUUCUUUGGAUUCCAUGCGUGGGCUCAAACAGAAUUCACAGGCUUAAACUUCACCUGCAUGACGACCGACCACGGUUGUCUCACAGGCGGUGAAACUGGUGAAACCAUCUUACAGUCACUAUCACUAUACUCCAUGUCUACAAACGUGGCUAUAAUGAUGCUUGUGAUCGUGAUUUUCGUCACGGCUAAUUUGGGGCACUGGGCUUUUGAAAGAACUACGAGACCACCGACCGCAAAGACGAUUGCGCCCAAAAUGUUUGACGGACAGGAGGGUAAUGGUGCAAAGGGGAAAUAUCCUGCUUUGGCAUCUAAUAUAUAA